CCUCACUUUCUGCUCUGCAGCCGAAGCCAAAAGAUAUCCUCCUGCACUACCACCACCACAGCAGCAUCAUGUUUGCUUUGAAUAGCAGACCUCAUAGAGGGUACAGCAGCAGCGCCUCCAUGCAUGGUGGUGCUGGCAGUGGCAGUGUCAAAAUUUCCACUUUUGGUGGUGGUGCUGCUGGUGGCAGUGGCUAUGGCAGCAGCUUUGCUUAUGGUGGAUCCUCUGGUGGUGCCUUCAGUGGUAGUGACAUGUCUAUUAUUGCCAACGAGAAGUCCACCAUGCAGAACCUGAAUGACCGCCUGGCUUCCUACUUGGCUAAGGUGCACUCUCUGGAGAAGGCCAAUGCUGACCUGGAACUCAAGAUCAGGCAGUUCCUGGAGAAUAAGACUUCCCCCUCUGCUAGAGACUACAGCGCCUACUACGCCAUGAUUGCUGACUUGCAGGGCAAGAUCCUGGAUGCUACAAGGGUCAAUGGGGCCAUCUAUCUUUCCAUCGACAACGCCAAGCUGGCCGCCGAAGACUUCAGGGUGAAGUACGAGAACGAACUGGCCAUGCGACAGUCGGUGGAGGCUGAUAUUGCUGGGCUGAGGAGGGUUCUUGAUGAGCUAACGAUGAACAGAGCUGACCUGGAGAUGCAGAUCGAGGGGCUGAAGGAGGAGUUGAUAUUCCUCAAAAAGAACCAUGAAGAGGACCUGCUGGCUUUGAAAACUCAGAUGAGUGGACAGGUAAAUGUGGAAGUGGACGCAGUACCUCAGCAAAACCUCACACAGGUCAUGGAAGAAAUGAGAAUGCACUACGAGGCCAUUGCUGAGAAGAACCGCAAAGACGCAGAGGCCUGGUUCCGGAGCAAGACAGAAGCCUUGAGCAAGGACAUCAGUGUCACCACGGAAACUGUACAGACGUCAAAGACAGAAAUCAUGGACCUGAGACGAACCCUGCAGAGUCUGGAGAUCGAACUGCAGUCACAGCUCAGCAUGAAAGCUUCUUUAGAAGCCACUUUGCAAGAAACCCAGAACCGGUACAGCAUGAAGCUGGCGGGCUUUCAGGCUCAGGUCACUGCUCUGGAGGACCAACUGGUCCAGCUCAGAGCAGACCUGGAGCGCCAGGCAGAUGAGUACAAGAUGCUGCUGGACGUCAAGUGCCGCCUGGAGCAGGAGAUCGGCGAGUACAGGAGGCUGAUGGAAGGAGAAGCUGCCAUAGGCUCCUCCAGGACCACCACCACCACCAAAAUUAUCAGCAUCACUAAGUAAAUCAGAUGGUGGUAAAGUGGUCAGCAGCAACAAAAGCCCUCAGAGUCACGUGCUGACCAGCAGGACGCCCACCAACACCUCUGACGUGUGCUGCAUCCACAUUAAAGUUUGCCGAGGUGCUUUAACUCCUAA